AUGGCGUUGACCGCAGAUGAACGGAAGAUGCUCAAAGGUGUUUGGCCUCUGGAGCUUCUAGAGGAUCCCCUCAGAGCUCCGCGCCGGGUGAGCACGGCGCUGGAGUUCCUGAGGGAGGUCCUAGUCUCUGAGCACCUUGGAGACGUCAUUGUCUUGCCCGACGGUGUGAAACUCUUGGGGCUCUCAGAGAAGGAGGUGAUGCCAAAGGAUUUACUCCAAGCUUUGGACGCUUCAAGUUCUGUCAAAGAGCUUCUGAGAUAUUUCCAGAAAGAUGAGAAGCUUCUGACCAAGUACAAGGCAGGUGUGGAGUACGUGGAUCAGCACGGUGAGCAGCGCGGGGCUUUGCCCAAAGAACGGCGAAAUCUUCGUGGCCGAAUCAAUGAAGUCUUGAGACUGGUGGAUGCUGGUGAGGUGGAUCCUGAGUCCCUGUACGUUGCCGAGAUGAGAUUGCUGGAAGCCAUUCAGCAUCCAAUCGACGGUGAGUUGGUGAAGACGGUCUGUCAACGCGACGUGAAGGACGUCAUGGGACCCCUGGCAUCGUGGACCUUCUACUGGGACCGCCAUGAUGAAGGUGUUUUCAUUGGCAACCGCGGCAGUGGUAAAGGGAUCCACGUGGAUCAAGUCCUUUGGAGCAAUGUGGGAAAGAAUUGGCGUGGCUACAAGCUGGUUGCCGCCUGGCCCAAGGGAGCUGUGAGCAACAGCAUUUGCAAAACCUUCGAUGAUCAGCUCUUCAGUCCACCUCUUUCGGAGGCCAAGGUGCAAGCCCUCCGUCAGGCAGCGAAGAUCGUUUUGCUUAGACCCGGGGACGUGUACUUCUUCAGCGGCGGAACAGCUCACACGGCCUUGUGUGUGUCCGAGGGGAUGGGGCUUAGCAGCUACGAAUCGAUUGUGACGCUGCAUCCGCUCCACAGCGGCCUUUGCAUGCAAACCUGCGAUCGGAGCAGCCCCUGCUGGUUGGAAGGUGCAAUGCCUCGAGAUGAGUUCGAGGACAUUUUGGAAGAGGCUGUAGAGCAAUUGGAGGCGGCGGCGAAGCAAUUCCUGGAGGCCAGCCCUGGUGUGGAGCCCGACUCUAAGGCCAGUCCCUUUGAUCCUCCACUGUGGAGCGAACUGAGAUUGCAGCUGAGAUCUGAUAAGGCGACGAUGCGCUUGCUGCAGGAACACUUCGCAGCCACCGUGGCGCAAUGUCUUUGCAGGAGCCCCUUCGUCCGAGAGAAUGCUUCAUCCACGCUGAAACGCGCGUUGAGAUACCUCACCAAUGGCAGAGGCUUGGAAUCGAUGCAAUCUCCAGAGCGGUCGCCGUCUCGAGAGCCGAGUUCCAGCCGCGCUCCUCCGGACCGUGCAGCGGUGGCGAGACGGCGGUCGAGGAGCCCUUUGCGCAGCACCACCUCCAUCUGA